AACACUCGCUCAUUCUCCUACACUCACCAAGAGUGCGAAACCUCCAAAAAGCGACUUCUCAACACACAACCAAAUAUGGUCGAUCUCAUACUGACAAUCCUUGCAGUGGUCGCAGUUCUCGUCUUCUUCCUCUCCCAAAAACCGGGGAAACACCGUUACAACUUCCCUCCCGGUCCUCGGGCACUUCCGACCAUCGGAAACCUCCACCAAAUCUCGAGCAAAAACCCUCACCGUUUCCUCUACGGCCUCUCCAAAACGUACGGACCCAUCAUUUCCUACAAUCUCGGCUGUAGGAGAAUGGUCGUGGUCUCGUCCACGGAAUUGGCCAGGGAAAUCCUCAAGACGCAAGACGCUAACUUCGCCAACCGGCCCGAGCACCGUGGCCAGAGGAUCAUGUCGUACGACCGUCGUGACCUAGGGUUCAACAACUACACUCCCUAUUACCGUGAGAUGCGCAAGACGAGUAUCCUUCAUCUCUUUUCCCCGAGCCGCGUGGCCAGUUUCCGUCACGUUAGGGAGGAGGAGACAAAGCGUAUGAUAACAAAAGUGGAGGAAGCUGCGGCCAAAAACAAAGUCUUCGAUCUAAGCGAGUUUAUGUUGUCGUACACGAACUCAACCGUGUGUAGACAAGCGUUCGGGAAGAGGUACAACGAGGACGGCGCCGAGAUGAGGAGGUUUAUCAAGAUCUUGUACGGGACGCAAGCCAUUUUCGGGUUGAUGUUCUAUUCGGACAUUUUCCCAUGGUUUAAGUUUCUGGACGACAUCACCGGACUCUCGUCACGUAUGAAAGAGGCUUUCGAACUUCAGGACACCUACUUGCAAGAACUUAUAGACGAGACGCUUGACCCGAACAGGGUGAAACCCGAAACGGAGAGUAUGAUCGAUAUCUUGAUGGAUAUCUACAAAAACCAGCCUUUCUCCACCGAGUUUACUUUCGAGAACGUCAAAGCCGUAAUCUUGGACAUUAUGGUGGCGGGAACGGACACGGCGGCAGCAGCUGUCGUGUGGGGGAUGACGUACCUCCAAAAGUACCCGGAAGUGAUGAAGAAAGCUCAGGCCGAAAUAAGAAACUUGGUAGGAGACAGAGAGUUUGUAACCGAAGACGACCUCCAACAUCUACCUUACUUCAAAGCCCUUGUGAAAGAAACCCUAAGGAUCGAGCCGGUGAUACCUCUCCUAGUCAACCGCUUAACCAUUGAAGAUACCAAGAUCGCCGGCUACGAUAUUCCGGCGGGGACAACGGUCAACGUCAACGUGUGGGGCGUCUCGAGGGACACCAACGCAUGGGGCCCGAACCCGGACGAGUUCAGGCCCGAGAGGUUCUUCGAGAAGGACAUAGACUUCAAAGGUACAGACUUUGAACUCAUCCCGUUCGGAUCCGGUCGAAGGAUGUGCCCGGGAAUGCGUCUAGGGGUGGCCAUGCUCGAGAUUCCUUACGCGAAUCUUCUAUACAAGUUCGAUUUCAGUCUCCCUCCCGGCAUGAAACCUGAAGACAUCAACAUGGACGUCAUGACCGGAGUCGCCAUGCAUAAGGCCGAGCAUCUCAGGCUUGUCCCCAAGAAGGUUUACUGAUGAAAGAAGGGUGCGUGUUGUCGCAUACGCAUGAAUGUCAUGUCCAGUGUUUGUGUAAUAAGUGCGGCAAGUUUAUGUUUUACGGCUUCUAUGGGGAUCGCCUGAAUACAUAUGUUCGCCUCAGUAUUUUGGUUAUUUCCCCUUUAUAAUUAGUUUACUCUAAUUUUAUUUUACAUCGCUAUUUACCGUUUCUACUAUUCA